GGGAUGCAGAUCUUUGUGAAGACCCUAAGGGGCAAGACCAUCACCCUUGAGGUUGAGCCCAGUGACAUCACUGAGAAUGUCAAAGCCAAAAUCGAAGACAAGGAGGGCAUCCCACCUGACCAGCAGCAUCCGAUUCUUGCUGGCAAACAGCCGGAAGACGGCCGUACUCUGUCAGGCUACAAUAUCCUGAAGGAGUCCACCCUGCCCUUGGUGCUUCUCCUGCGGGCAGUGUCACUGAGCCUCCCCUCCGCCAGCUGGCUCAGAAACAACUGCGACAAGAUGAUCUGCCGCAAGUGUUAUGCUCGCCUGCACCCCCGCGCAGUCAACUGUGGCAAGAAGUGCGGCCACACCAAUAACUUGCUCCCCAAGAAGAAGGUCAAAUGA